UUGUUUGGACUGGAGAAGGGAGGCGGCGGGCAAAGCGCACGUCGAGCGGGGGAGCGGCGCUGCCUGUGGAGAUCCGCGGAGGCCGACAGGUUUCGUUGGCUGCCGUCCCCGCUGCCGUUCACUGGGUUAAAAACGACAAGCAACGCCAACCAUGAAAGAUCCAAGUCGCAGCAGUACUAGCCCAAGCAUCAUCAAUGAAGAUGUGAUUAUUAACGGUCAUUCUCAUGAAGAUGACAAUCCGUUUGCAGAAUACAUGUGGAUGGAGAAUGAAGAGGAAUUCAACAGACAAAUAGAAGAGGAGUUAUGGGAAGAAGAAUUUAUUGAACGCUGUUUCCAAGAAAUGCUGGAAGAAGAAGAAGAGCACGAGUGGUUUAUUCCAGCUCGAGAUCUCCCACAGACUAUGGACCAAAUCCAAGACCAGUUUAAUGACCUUGUUAUCAGUGAUGGCUCUUCUCUGGAAGAUCUUGUGGUCAAGAGCAAUCUGAAUCCAAAUGCAAAGGAGUUUGUUCCUGGGGUGAAGUACUAAAAUAUUUGAGUAGACGGGGCCCUCUUUUGGUGGAUGUAGCACAAUUUCCACACUGUGAAGGCAGUAUUAGAAGACUUAAUUGUAAAAGCUCUCUCUUGUCACUGUGUUACACUUAUGCAUUGCCAAAGUUUUUGUUAGUCUUGCAUGCUUAAUAAAAGUGCUGAGACUGUUAUUAAGUAAAAAGCUCUCAAACAUUUACUGAAAGUAGAACUGGCCCCUUGGCUUGAUGUGAAGAAAGCAAGGAAAAAAGCACCAGUCAAGUCGUGACAAAGCACCAAAUGAAACAACCUCUAGAUCUUACUAACUGGUCAGCUUUGAGACUGAACUGGUCCUGUAUGGUUAACUCACACUUGUUAAUCCCAAAACCUUUUUUAAAAAUGAGUAAAUUUAAAUUAAGUUCUAAUUGCUUAGCACAUUUCUCAGUUAAGACUUAAAUUUACAUUUGUCCCUAUCAAAAAUAAUCUUUUUUUUUUACCCCUUACUUUUUGCCUUCUUUGGUUACUGAGGUUAUAAGGUAACAGUUGAUCAGUUGAGAACUAGUCCUGGCUUUUGUGGUGUAUUAUCAUGUUAGAAAUACUGAAUUCUCCUAAUGUUACAUCUGAGGAAGUAUGUAACUUGAGAAUUACAUCAUAAAUAUGCCCUUGGGAAGUCUAACAUAUGACCAACAGCAUCCCAGAAUCCAGUUGAACAAAGAGACUGUGACAUGAUUUGAGUGGCGCUUUUCCUUGCUUUGUUAACCGUCACAACAGUCUACAGCACAACUUUUCUUUUAACAAAGCUAGAACAGUUUUGGCUUCUUAAACUUCAUAUUUGGGUAGGUUAAGCUGCCAUACGUGUUCAGUGUGAAUAGUGUUUAAGUUGAAAAUAUUGUAAAAAAAUUAUAUUUUUUCAAAAAUAUUUAAAAAAAUAAAUAAUAGUAGAACUGA